AUGGGACAGUGCCCCGACUCUCAGUUCGCGCGCCUCAACGGCAGGGAAUGUCUGCCUGCCAUCCUCCGGUGUGAUGGAGGCCCUGACUGCUAUGACGCCAGUGAUGAGCGAGAUUGUACCCAAGAGCUUUGCCAGGGCUUCUUGUGCCGGAACGAUUCCACCUGCAUCACCACAUUGCAAGUCUGUGAUGAGACUGUUGACUGUCGUGAUGGAUCUGAUGAAAGUGAAUGUUCAUGUCGAGAUAGCUACAUGAAAUGCGACAACGCGAGAUGCAUGCCUGAACGUUUCCGAUGCGAUGGCGACAACGACUGCGGUGACAUGAGUGAUGAGCGCAACUGCAGUGUAUCUACUCCGUCUCCUGAAGGAAACUGCAGCAACGACCAAUACUCCUGUGCAAACGGGAGAUGCAUCAGAGGAAGCUACGAAUGCGACGGCGACAACGAUUGUAAUGACUGAAGCGAUGAACGGCACUGCGCGUGUUCCUCGGAACAGUUCAAGUGCGAGAACACCGGCCGUUGCAUUAGAAGGGCGUAUCGAUGUGACGGAGAUAACGACUGCGGCGACGGCAGCGACGAGCGCGACUGUCCGGGGUCAUCGUCA